CUGGUACUGUACAGAGACCUACUACUUACUCUUUUCUCUGUGUGUCAGUGUGAGACCGAAGAGCAGAACUUGGCAGUGGAGGAAGGGAAAGAGCAGAAGGGUUUCCCCUUUACUGUUGUAGGUUAAUAAUUACUAAGAGUGAGUGUAUUAUUGAGGCGAGGUGGGAUUGAAGGAGAUGACUAUGAGAGAUGAGAAAUGUAGGAGGAG